CAUCGAUCACCGCGCGCGAAACGGCGAACUUCACUUCGUCGCGUGAAUUGUUGUUUAUUUCAUGUAACAUCGGACGCUAGAGAAUCACGAUUUGCGAGGUCGGCUACUCCAGGCUCUAGGCAAGGACACGUGUGAAAAGGGUGCCGAUUAAUCGUUAAGCACACGAUCGCCUCGUCGGGAAAACGUUUGAAGUAAUUGAGGAUGGUUCUCACGAAGGAGUACCGCAUAUCCAUGCCGCUCACUACGGACGAGUACCGCAUCGGCCAGCUAUACAUGAUCGCCAGACAUAGUCACGAGCAAUCCGACAACGACGAGGGAGUGGAGGUGGUGAAAAACGACGUUUGUGAGGAUCCUGUUCAUGGAAAAGGGCAAUACACUGAGAAAAGAAUCCAUCUAUCUAGCAAACUCCCUUAUUGGAUUCAGUCCAUUCUACCACGAAUAUUUUAUGUGACAGAAAAGGCAUGGAACUAUUAUCCCUUUACUAUCACAGAGUACACAUGUUCCUUCAUACCAAAGUUCCAUAUAGAAAUAAACACUCGGUACGAAGACAACAAUGGCUCCACAGAAAAUUGUUUAGGACUAUCACCUAUUGAAUUGAUCCAUCGAGAAGUUGAUUUUGUGGAUAUUGCAUAUGACGAGAUCUCCGCGAAACAUUACAAGGAGGAGGAAGACCCAAAGUACUUCCAAUCGAAAAGAACGGGCCGUGGUCCUCUGGUUGAAGGCUGGAGGGACACAACACAACCCAUAAUGUGCUCAUACAAAUUAGUUCACGCCUCGUUUGAAGUCUGGGGUAUGCAAACAAGAGUGGAAGAUUUCAUACAUAGAUGUAUAAGGGACAUUCUAUUGCUGGGUCACAGACAAGCCUUCGCCUGGAUCGAUGAGUGGUACGACAUGAACUUAGAAGAUGUACGAGAAUACGAGCAGAAAAUGCAAGCUGAAACGAACGAAAAGGUCAGGUUGAAAAAUCAACUCGAUGAAACGCAGACUACACAAGCUACAUCGUCCUCGUCUAUGCCAACCACGCCGAAAUCACCCACACAACGAUCGUGGUUUUCCUGGUCGUAGCUACAAUUAGUAGAAACAAUCGAGUCUGGGCUCUGCGACAACUUUUCGUCGCUUCGAUUAAUAUUAUGCAAAAGAAAUGAGUGGCAUUCUCUAUUGCUCAUGCCCAUCUUUUUUUUUCAGUCUCAGAGAAUGUUCAUAUCAGUCAUGACAUAUUCUUCAAAUUGAUUUCAUAAGUAUUUUACUCGGUGAUUUGUUUUACUGAAAUGAAAACCUAUAUAAUUUUUAAAAGUAUAAAAAUGGUAAUUUUAGAGAAUGGAAGUGAAACUAGCGAAAAUUUGUUAUCAUUAAUUUUAAGCUUAAGUAGCCAGUAUUUUUGUGAAAAAAUCUGAAUGUAUUAAAAGAUGUUGUUAAUUUCAAAUUAAGGCAUUGAUAUAGUUUUCAAAAGAAUAUAUCUGUAAUUGAUUGUAGCAUUUUUUUGAAUGCUUUGUAUACAUAGGUGUAGUUCCGUACACAUGUUCCAUACGUAGGCUUGCUGUGAAACAGUUUUAAUUUACAUGCUUUUAUAUUAUAGUGAACACCUGAAAAUAUAUCGCUCUUCGCAAUUGCACAAAUAAAUUUUAGGAAUGCCUAAAGGAAAUUGGGGUCUAAGCCAUACCACAAAAAAAUGGCACACAAUUUUAAAAUUUAAAUCAUGAAGUUCAACUACACACUUUGGUUUCAUCUUGUAUAUGUGAAUAAGUUUCACUUACGUUUUAAUCGCGCGCGUUAGCAAUAAAUUGUUUUUAUCGUAUAAACUUCUAUUGUGUAAUUUAUUUAUAAGGUGUCAAAUUUUUAUUCGCAGUUUGAUGUAUAGAGGCACUGGAAAAUUAUAUGAAAAUAUAUGUGUUUGCAAAUAA